CCUGAAGCAACUACUCCAACUACAAGAAAAAUAGAUAAAUGUAUAUGCAUUAAAAACCUGGACAAAAGAGAAGAAGCAGCAGCAGAAUCUCCGGCCGAAGGAGAGAGAGGGAAGGAGCGCCUUGCAAGAGAGACGGAAGAGCCCCGUCGGGGCCUGAGCAGCAGCCAUGAGCCUUGCCUGGGUUCCUGAGGAGGAGCUUUCCGCCGCCUUCUUCAGGGACUCGCCUUCGUCGCCUUCCCCUCCUUCCUUCUCAUUGUCUUCAGGCGGCAGCAGGGCGGUGGAAGAGAAGGAGGAGUCGGAGGAGGAGGAGACCCCGGAGGGGGCUGUGGUGGCCACGGGAGGAGGAGGAGGAAAAGAAGCAGCAGGAGGAGAGAAGAGCGAGGCGCACCAUUUCGCCCACUGCUUGGUCCCUGAAGCCGGCGGAGAGAUGAAAGAAGUCGAAGAACGUAUAGAAGAAAUGUUAAUAAAACUAGAUGAAUUCUGUAGUAUCACUGAUAUGAUUAGAACUGAUACAACCCAACUUCUGGAUGAAAUGACUCCACUUAUUAGAGCCAAAAUGAUAGAAAUGAACAACAUUUACACCCAAGUGGAUAAACUAGAGGCCUUUGUAAAAAUGGUGGCAUGCCAUGUUUCCUUCCUAGAAGAACAAGUGGUUGAAGCAGAGAAGACUCGCGCCAUCUUCCCCUGCACAGUCCAGAAGCUGCUAGGUAUCCCUUCAUUUAAAAAAGAACGUACAUCUUCUCCGCAGCACACCUAUAACCUGCCAGAACUCUACAGAACUGAAGACUAUUUUAACAACAAAUAUAUAGGUAGCAAGUAUCAAAACUACUAGUGCUCAAUUUUUCUAUAUUUGAUAAAACAUAUACAUUAAUUUGGCAUUAUAGCCAAAUUGAUGUAAAUGUUUUAUCAAAGAAACAGAAUGUGUUCUUUUUUUGCUGUGUAACUUUGCUGUAAGGGAUAAAGUGAUCAAAAUACUUGAAGUUCUGGUGAAUUACAGCUAUUAAUGCUUUCUAUUAAAAAAUUAAAGCUAUUGGUAUUUUGUUUAAAUUUGAUGAGAGACACAAAACAGACUGUCUAGAUUUGGUGAUAAUUACUUAAAUUAUGUGCUGAUGUUAAGAACAGGGAAAUAUGCAUCUUAACAGUUAGAAUUUAUUAAUUUUUCUUGUAGCCCAAACAUUGUAGGCUGGAUCCAGACUGAGUCAUAGCAGAGAUCCACUGAAUCAAUUGGCAUUUAAGUCUAUUGUGAUUAAUUUUUCUGUCAACUUCAGCAGACCUACUCUAAAAGAAAAAGAUAUAUGUGUUCAAGUUAUGUUUCAACAGUUCUUGUGUAACAUAACAUUAAUGCAAAAGAUAAAAAUGCCUGGAGAAUAUAUUUGCGGUAAAUGAUGCAUUAAACCAUCUUCUAAAUAAAGUAGAUAAUAUACUAAAGGAACUUUAAGCACAAUGAACUACAUGGAUGCAAUAUGCAAUUUUCUGUAUAGCUUGGAAGCCAAGUUAUGUCCUGGUCCAAAGUAUAAAUACACAGCUAUUUUUGCAGGACUUGCAGGACAUGAUACAUCAAGAGCCAUGUCUUGGACCCUUCAAAACCUCAGAGCGAUUUUGCUCGUUCCAGCUGGUAACAUGCUUAGAACAGUGCUACAUAGAAACAGCUAACAGUAUGUGCUGAUAAAAUUACUGGGAAAAGACUAGAGAGGUAUGUCUAAUGGUAAAAAAAGUGUCAAAUCCGGAAAAAUGCAUUUUGUUCACACAAAAGUGGAAUUUCUUCUACUGUAAAAUAAAGAUCACUCUGCUACACAUAACAAUAUGUAUUUUUUACAAUUAUAGUCACUACUUUGCUAUUCUAAGCCUGAGCCAUAGAAAUAAGUGUCUUCAUGGAUCCAUGUGUGUUUCCUUCAUCUGAUAAUAAAAACACAACUUUUGUAUCCAGUCAUACGAACUAGAGUGAACCAGGAAGAACACACAUAAGUUGGAAUUUGGAAAUAAAUAAUUAUGGAAAUUAAACAGAACCAAGAUAAAAAGGAACAUUACUAAAAGCGAAAGCAGUGAAACUCCUCUUUGGGGCAAAUCACAGCCUGAAUGAUGAACUGGAAAGUGGCCUUUUAUCUUGAACAUUUCAAGUACCUGAUGUGAUCUUCAGGAAGAACAAAUCGUUUCCACGCUUUAUCUAUUGUAAACUGUAAGGUUAAGACAUUUUCUUUGCAAAAGUAGUGGUUAAUAUAUACAACACCAAUAAACAAGUAUUAAGAGCUUUCACAUGGA